AUGGAUGGCAAAGAACAUAGUCAUGACGGAGAGGGUGAAAAUAGUUCCGCUGACAAAUUACGGGUUAAACAGGAAAAAAAAAACAUGAAAAAGGCGCGAAAAAAGGCAGCUAAAAAUGGCGUGAAUUCAACUUCAGCUGUCGAAGAUACUCCCGCUACUGCAGCGGCAAAACAAGCAGAAUUACAAGAAAAGGUCAGAAUGCUUGUAAAUCAACUAGCCAUUCGUGAGGCUAUACAGCCUCAGCCAAGUGCCAAUAGCUCACAAAGACAAAAGGAUAUGAGUUCUCAUAAGUUUUGGAGUACUCAGCCGGUUCCAAAACAUGAAGAGAACACUCCACAUGAUCAAAUUCGUAAAGAUCCGUAUCUUUUACCAAAAGAAUUUGAAUGGUCAAUUUUAGAUUUGAAUAAUGAAAAUGAGGUAUAUUGUAAACGAUUGGCACCUGUGCUGAUUAAAGAAAUUACGCGACGUUCUCAUCUUGAAGGAAUAUUUCAAGCAGUUUAUACUGCAGGUGUUGUUCUACCAAAACCUAUUUCUAAAGCUCGGUAUGCAUAG